AUGGCGCCUCCACAGCGGGUCCGAUACAAUGCCAAGGCACGAGGAUCCCAGGCGGGAGGAUCCCACAAGAGGAAAAAGCGAGUGAAUAAUGAUGGAGAGGACUCUAAUGCGAUCGAGGCUGUUCCUAAGAGCGGACAGCAGAAGGAGGAAGAGCGGAGAGAGAGGAUAAGGCAGGAGCUCGAGGCUCAGUCGACCUCUAAAAUGACAAGCAAAAAGCGCAAGCGAAUGGAAAGCUAUAUUAACAAAAAACUCAAAAAAGAAGAACGAGUCAAAGUAUUAGCCAAACUUGCCGUUUCACAAUCUGACCUGCCUACCUCUCUCAACCUUGCCUCAUCCGCUACGCUCGGCACAGGUAGACUCACGUCCCAUGCAGAGCGAAUAGACAAGUCCGAAGACCUGGCCGUUCGUAAAGCAUUCGAUGGAGGCAAUGGCAGAAGAAAGCGAAGACGAUUGGACCCAACCAUACAUGGUGACGAGGACGAGUCUGGUUCGGAUUCGGAUAACGGCUCUGUUCCGGAAAGUAUACAGGAAUCCCCGAAACCGGAACCGGCCAAGUCGACCCCCAGCAACAUCUCGCCCAAGCCAUCUCUUGGUAGUGCACUCGCUUCCUCUGCACCACCACGGAUCAUUCCUCGCAAAAAUAAAUCUGGAAUUAGUCGAAACGCAUGGAACCCAACACUGUAUAACGUUCAGAAGGAAACCGAGUCGGAAUCGAGUUUCGACAGCUCGGAUUCGGCGAAUGAUACCGCGAGCGAGGACGAAGAGGACGAGGAGAUGGAUGGCUCCAAUGCUCCCGCAGAGGAUUCUAACUCUGACUCUGGCGACGAGGACUCCAGCUCAGGAGCUGAAGAUUCUGGUUCUGGCUCCGAUUCUGAUACCGGCGCUACCCCUCCUCCCAAGCGUUCAUUCAAAGCAUGGGCUCAACAACAAAUCGACAUUUCUAAAGGUCUAGCCCAGCCUUCCACGAGCCAACCCACUGCGGAGGAUGAACCUCCUCAACCAACCCCACAACCCAUCAACUUCCAACCCAAACUUUCCCGCCCAGCCCCAGGCCAAUACCCAGGCCCACUUGGCGCACCGCUCCAAACACCCAGUACAUCCCUCCUUCCAUCCUCGCCUAUGAAAGCUCCCCGAGUAACAGUUGACAGAAGCGAAGAAAUCCAAGCUACGAGAUUGGAACUCCCCAUAUUAGCUGAGGAGCAGGAAAUAGUCGAGACGGUAUUAUUGAAUAGCGUUGUCAUACUCAGUGGUGAGACCGGAAGCGGAAAAACAACUCAGGUCCCGCAAUUUCUUUACGAAGCUGGAUUUGGUGUACCUGACUCGGACAACCCGGGUAUGAUUGGAAUUACUCAGCCGCGUCGAGUGGCAGCUCUUUCGACCGCCUCGCGAGUAUCACACGAACUGAACCUCCCGCCGCCCGUCGUCGCGCACCAAGUUCGUUAUGCCAAAACCACUUCGCCCGAAACAAGGAUUAAAUUCAUGACCGAUGGUGUCCUCUUGCGUGAACUCACUGGAGAUUUGAUGCUCAGUCGAUAUUCGGUGGUGAUCGUAGAUGAAGCUCACGAGAGGGGCGUAAACACGGACGUAUUAAUUGGAGUACUAAGUCGGGUGGUCAAGUUGCGAGAAAAGUUGUGGAGAGAGGGGAAAGAAGGCGUCAAGCCUCUGAGGUUGAUCAUUAUGUCUGCAACACUCCGUCUCUCCGAUUUCGCUCAAAACAGCACCCUCUUCUCUACCCCUCCUCCAGUCAUUAGUAUAACUACCCGCCAGCACCCCGUCACCAUUCACUUUGAUAGGCGAACCAGGGGCGACUACGUACGUGCUGCAGAGACCAAGGUUGCCAAAAUCCAUGCGAGACUACCACCGGGCGGGGUGUUGGUAUUUAUGACUGGUCAGAGGGAGAUUGUAGAGCUCUGCGCAAGGCUAGAGAAAAGAUUCGGACCGAAAAGGAAGGGUAGAGUGGAAGAAAAAGUGGGAAAAGACAGGAGUAUGGGCGCUGCGGAAGGUGUGGUCGAGUCCGAGGAGGUUGAACUCGGUACUCGGAAAGAUGAAGUAGACGACGGAGAAAUAUCUCAGGCUGAGGAAGAUCCAGAUGCAUUGGAUAGUGACGAAGAGUCGGAGAACGAGGAACUGCAAAUCGAUUCUGAGCAAUCGGAUGUGCCCAUGCAUAUUGUCCCCCUUUAUUCACUCUUGCCGAGCGAUAAGCAAAUGAAAGUGUUCGAGCCCCCGCCAGAGGGUGCGAGAUUGGUAGUUGUGGCUACCAACGUGGCUGAGACGUCUUUGACAAUUCCCGGAAUCCGAUAUGUUGUUGAUACCGGUCGAGCUAAAGAGCGCCGAUUCGACUCAACGUCUGGCCUUCAAUCCUUCGACAUCUCAUGGAUCUCCAAAGCCUCAGCAGCCCAACGGUCCGGUCGAGCCGGCCGCACGGGUCCCGGGCAUUGUUAUCGCCUCUACUCCUCAGCGCUCUACGAAUCCCACUUUCCUACACAUGCCAAACCCGAGAUCGAGCGAAUGCCAGUCGAAGGCGUGGUGCUCCAAAUGAAAAGCAUGGGCAUCGACGCGGUCGUCAAUUUCCCAUUCCCAACGCCCCCUGAGCGAGAAUCUCUGAGACGCGCCGAAGUGACGCUCGCGCAUUUAGGCGCUCUGGCGGGCGAAGGGAAAGCAGUGGUCGUCGGCGGACAAGUCACGCCUCUUGGCCGAGCGAUGAGCUUGUUCCCUGUUUCGCCGAGGUUCUCCAAGAUGCUUGUUGUGGGUCGACAAAAGGGAUGCCUGCCGUAUGUGAUUGCGAUUGCAGCUGCUUUGAGCGUUGGGGAUCCAUUCUUGCGCGAAGAGGCGGUAGGAGAUGAUAAUGAUGAUGGCGAGGAAGAGGAUGAGCUAGAGUUGGCACCCGAGUUUAAAGAGAUUAGGAAUGAGGAGCUGAGGGCUAAGGAGGUUCGGAAAGCGCGAAGGAGGGAGUUUUUCAAAUCCCUACAGGUUCAUUCUGCAUUUGGAAAGGGUACAAGCGACAUUUUCAGGUGGUUAUCAGUGAUCGGAGCCUAUGAAUUUGAACACAAUCGGGGCCUUGGCACUCUACGGAAAGGCAACGAAUCUGCAGUGGAAAAGUUUUGCAGAGAGAAUUUCAUUAGGCCCAAGGCAAUGGAAGAAAUUCACAAACUUCGCGGACAAAUAGCACACACUGUUAUUUCUGCAUUCCCAGAGACGGAAAAAGAACUAAGUGGAAUAAUGAAACCACCUUCGGAGAACCAGAUCAAACUUCUCCGGCAAAUUAUCACGUCGGGAUUUAUUGACCAGAUAGCCGUACGAAAAGACUACAUUGAAAAACAAACUGGCGUAAAACGUACUUCGGCGCGAGGUGUACCUUAUCAAGCAAUCGGAGUCAAAGAGGAUGUAUUCAUUCAUCCCUCGUCAGUACUGUUUGCAGGCCCUCCUCCCGACUUUGUCGCUUUUCAAGACGUGGUUCGAACAAGCCGGGUAUGGCUCAAAGUCGUCACACGAGUAAAUCCAUCCUGGUUACCGACAUUGGGUCCGAGCCUAAGCACAUAUUCAAAACCUCUGAAGGUUACUGCUGCCGCUAAGGCUGGAAAGAUUGCCGUCGUGCCGCGUUUUGGCCCUCAUGAAUGGGAACUACCCAUGACAACCAUUGACAAAUAA